AUGCAGCACCUGCGCCACUCGGCGCAUAGCGCGCACUGCCGAGGUAUCACUAGACUGAUUCGAGAGAAAGGGCCAGACGCCUUCAGGGAUGGCAUGCCCCAUCAGCUCUUCACAAGCUUCCGCGUAUACAUGCUCCUCGAGGCUAUUCAGAACCGCACGGAAACAUUCUUAGACGAGCCAUCAUGGAAGACGGCCCCCUUUGCAUCCGAGCCAAAAUCUCUGAUGCAAAGCCUGCUGGAUCAGAUAUCCGGUCUGCCGUCCCUUUUACAGCGGCUGGACACAAUAUCCGACGACGCCAACCUAAGAGACCAUAAUGACGGUAUCGUAGCUUUGUAUAAUGACUUCGAUGAUCAGCUGCUUCGUCUUGAAGACUGGGAGGAUAAUCUCAAGACGAGCGCACAAUCAAGGCUCCUUUGGUGGCCCGUGGCACUAUCCUCAGACACGGGAACCCAAUUCCCAAUCUCAUACGAGUUUACGAAUGUCUUGGUCGCCAACACCAUAUCCCAUUACUGGGGCUUCCUCUUGGUAGUGCAGAUUUCUGUAGAGACUUUACAGGCUAUUUCCGAGAGGCACGGAAUCGUCGACGACUGCCGCAUCCUGAAGCAAAGAGUUGCAGCCUUGGCGGAUCGAAAGUGGACUCUGGCAAACGACAUCUGCCAGAGUGUUCGAUAUCAUCUCCGGCCUGAGAUGAAACUCUACGGUCCGGCUGCGACACUGUUUCCCCUAAACGUGGCGUUGCAGGUAUACAGACGGGGAAAUAAGACGAAAGAGACGUUGUGGUGUGAGGAGACUAUUUCCAGACUUGGUUCGAUGGGCAUACGGCUUGCUUUCCAUGUUCCUCCGAUUGGAGAGGAAAAGUCUCCGGGAGGGUUGUCUGUGUGA